AGAUUGUACAGGGGUGUAAAUUUAAAAAGCAUAAGCUGGAUUUCACCAUAAAAAAGCAAAACAAUAUAAACCACCUAAUGGAUACACAUAAAUGCACAUAAAACUACUUGAAAACAAAAUUACUUCAGUCAUUAGUUGCUGCCUUAUGAAAAUUUGGGUGGGAUGUUUUGCGAUCUAGAAUUUUGCUUUGCCUUUGUAUAUUUUUUAGAAUGUGUUUUCUUAUUUCUUUGAGCCUCACUGCUUCUAUAUCUGCCUCUGCUUUUAUACAGUUCUCGUGAGAUGGUUUCAGCAUUCUUGUUUUUUUCAAUCUCUCUUUCGCUUUCUUGUAACAAUCUCAAGCGAAGAAAGACAGAUCCUAUUGACUGUAGGAUUGUUUGGGUAAGAACAGUAAGUCUGAUAACAGUUUGAAGCAACAAUAGAAUUGUGAACCAUGAGGGGGAAAGUGACUUUUAGUGAAAGAGGAGAGAGUGGAGUAGUAGUUCGAGAGUGAAAAACUGAAACAAUUCCUCCUCACAAAACAAGAAAUGCUUUAGCACCACCAUCAGGAUUUUCCCCCCCAACAAUUUAAUCCACAAUCUGGUCUCAAUCAAUUUUCACUGAAGGAGAAGCACUUUUUGUCCAAAGAAAUAAGUAGAAAAUGAAGACUAUGUAAAAAAAAAAAAAAAAAAAAAAAAAAUCAGGAUGGAGGUUAAAAAAACAAAUGUUUGAAAUGUUCCUAUUUUAUACAGCUUUAUGUCUAUUUCUAUUAUUUGUUUUAAAUGUUGAACUGUGUAAAGAUUUUUAUCUCACAUGUACUCCAUGAGUGAAUAUUAUGGAGUGCUGUGGAUUGGGAAAUGUGUGAACGAACCGUGUCCAAUUUGAGCUUUUUAAAAAUAAAUGGUGGUCUGGUGUGUGUUUGUGUGUGUGUGUGUGUGUUUGUGUGUGUGUGUGCACUCUUAGUAUUCCAAGAGAGCAACAAUAGUAUAAUGCAUAAAGAUAACUACCUGGUGAAAAACGAAAAAAAAAAAAAAAAAGAGCAAAAGUGCAUCAUUAUAAUGUCAAAUGUGACGGAUAAGAACGAAUCAAACUCUAACCACAAAAGAUAUCUCAAAUGAAGUUGUAUAAUUACUUGUUCAGAUGUAACGAUAUGACUUGGUUCAAAUUUCGUUGGCAAACAAUAAAAUGUGUUGAUCUACAAUUUUACAUUUUGUUUUGAAGAUGUGACAAAAUCAGAAUAAUUAACUUCAUACAGUAAUGUCCAGUAGACAGCAGUGUCAGAAAUUCUCCUGAGCUGGAAGUAUAUUUUGGUGAAGUUUUUAAAGCACUUCUGACUGACUUUUUGAAUUGUAAAGUAAAAGAUAACUUUUAAUUUUAAUUAAAAAUGGCUUUCAAAUUUAGAAUUUUGGUCUCUCAGUACCCAUUCUUACAGAAUGGCUUUUCUUUACAGCUAAUGCACUUUCAUAUUUUUAUUGGCUGAUGUCCAUUUACAGUUUAACGACAAUUAACAGUUUACAGUUAAUUUUAGUGUCAUUGCUCUAUAAAUGAACUAUUAUUGUUGUUAUAAUGAUCAUUAUUACAGAAUUUUGUUGAUAACGAGGUGGCUUUAGCUGUAAAAUACAUACAUCUAAAACAUAUAAAAUACGCGUAAGAAGUUAACAGUAUUGUAAAUUAGCAGUUUAAUGCACUGCAUGUAUUAAUAUUACGAGAAAAGUGUACCUUUUUACAUUGUAUCUCUACUAGCAUUAAUCGUUUUAAGAAUCAAGCCAUCAUUUAUCAAAUACUACAAAUACAACCUUGUUGUCAUGAAUCACCUACUCAUAAUGCUUAGAAAUAUUACAACCAAUUAGCAUUCAGUGUGUUCGCUCAGUAGGGUCCAAUCCGAACAACGCAAAAUUGUCACGAGGACAGUUCAGCCAAUGGAUUUGGGACAGAACGGUGUGUCAUGUCUGUGUAUGAAACGAGCUAAGUUAGUCAUGAGCUAGCAUUAAUUGUCCGAUUAGAUAGCUUACAUCUACAACAUUUCAUAUAUUAAGUCUACAUUCAACAACCGAGGGAUCAUUUAAGAGGUCAGCAUCAUGGGUGAACCACAGCAGGUUAGUGCCCUGCCUCCUCCACCUAUGCAGUACAUCAAAGAGUACACAGAUGAAAACAUCCGCAAGGGUCUUGCUCCGAAGCCUCCUCCACCGAUCAGAGACAGCUACAUGAUGUUUGGCAACCAGUUCCAGUGCGAUGACCUCAUCAUCCGACCUCUGGAGAGCCAAGGCAUUGAGAGGCUCCAUCCUAUGCAGUUUGACCACAAACGGGAGCUGAAGAAGCUCAACAUGUCCAUUCUUGUGAACUUUCUGGACCUGCUGGACAUCCUCAUCAAGAGCCCUGGCAGUAUAAAGCGUGAAGAGAAGCUGGAGGAUUUAAAGCUUCUGUUUGUUCAUUUGCACCACCUGAUAAAUGAAUACAGGCCACAUCAAGCCAGGGAGACACUGAGGGUUAUGAUGGAGGUACAGAAGAGACAGAGGCUAGAAACAGCUGAGAGGUUCCAGAAACAUCUGGAGAGGGUGGUGGAGAUGAUCCAGGGGUGCCUUGCCUCCUUACCUGAUGAUUUGCCACAGAUGGAGUGUCCAGAUAGUGCUGGUGAUGGGACAAGGAGUGUGUCAGCAGUAGCUGGUGUUAGUUGUUCCUCUGUGCAGGCCCCCAGGUUGAAAACUGAACCAAUGGAUGUAGAGGAAGCAGGUGCCAGCUGUAUGGCAGCAGGUCACCAGGACAAGAGCGGCCCUACUUCAAAGAGGGACAAAAUAUGGGACAAAGAUGCUGCCAUGUGCAGUAUUAUUGAUGAAAUUGCAUAAGUUUUCAGUUGUAGUUCUGUUCCUUAUUUCUACUCCUAAAAUAUGUUUGUUUGUUUUUUUGAUAUGCUGUACUUAGAUAACAUAUUAAGAUGUUUGUUGUUUUCACUUGGCCUGAAAUUCUAUCUGGAGUAAAAUGGUGCUUUUAUUUAAAGGCUAUCAUGUAGAUAUUAACAGUUCCUGUGAAGAUAAUUGAAGAAUGUAAAUAUUGUACAGAUCAACUGGGGUGCCAACUUUCAGUUUUUGUAAGAAAACCAAUAAAGAUCUUUCCA